AUGAAGCUCCUGCUGCCGACCGCGCUGCCUCCGCCGCCUGCGCUCGCCGCGGCGUUGCUGCUGCCGCUGGUGCUAUUGCUGGCGACGGCGCCGCCGCCCGGGAUGUCGGAGAACCCCAAAGGGAAGCAGAAGGCGCUGCGUCAGAGGGAGGUGGUGGACGUGUAUAAUGGAAUGUGUUUGCAAGGACCUACUGGUGUUCCUGGAAGGGACGGAAACCCUGGUGUAAAUGGAAUCCCAGGCACACCUGGGAUCCCUGGCCGAGAUGGGUUUAAAGGAGAAAAAGGAGAAUGUAUGCGGGAAAGCUUUGAGGAGUCUUGGACGCCUAACUACAAACAGUGUUCAUGGAGUGCCCUGAACUAUGGCAUAGACCUUGGAAAAAUUGCAGAAUGUACAUUCACAAAGAUGCGUACCAACAGUGCUUUGAGAGUCCUCUUCAGCGGAUCACUUCGACUUAAAUGCAAAAAUGCUUGUUGUUCACGAUGGUAUUUUACAUUUAACGGAGCCGAAUGCUCUGGGCCACUUCCUAUUGAAGCCAUAAUUUAUUUAGAUCAAGGAAGUCCAGAGUUAAAUUCCACUAUCAACAUACACCGCACUUCUUCAGUGGAAGGAUUAUGUGAAGGCAUCAGUGCUGGACUGGUGGAUGUUGCUGUUUGGGUCGGUACUUGCUCAGAUUAUCCGAGAGGAGAUGCUUCAACUGGAUGGAACUCAGUCUCUCGCAUCAUUAUAGAAGAAUUGCCUAAGUAGAACUCUUUCCAUGAUCUGCCCCUGCCCCAAACAUGAUGUUCAGUGCCUUACAUAAGUAGUGGUAGAGUGGAAAAUUUUGAAGUGCAGGCGCUCAUCAUGACAACCCCCAUGUUCCCAAGGAGAGUCCAAAAAACGUUGGCACUUAUAUUGAUCCAUUUCAACAAACCAGUUCUAGUGGUUUUCAUCUCCACCAGCAGGUCUUUUGUAAAACUAAU